GAUAGUGAUAAUUAUAAAUCAUGAAUAUGUUAUGAUCGAUAACAAGAAUAGCAACGACGAUAAUAUCAGCUUAUGAAUCUACAUCUAAUGAUAGUGGACAAGGAAUGCGACUGAAGUGUUUUUCAAUAUUGCAAAGUAAUGCUUGGAUGCGCGGAAAACAAAAUACUUUCUGCAGGUUAUGCGAAACAUAGAAACAAAGCAAUUUUUUCCUUUAAUACAAGCUAUGCUUUUGGGUAAAGAGAUAACGAAGGUGAACAAACUUGUGCAAGGAACCUAUAUUUGCCUUUUCCUUUGUGAUACUUCAGCACCCUUGACAAAGUUCUAGGACCCACUUAUAAAUUGAUAAAUCAUUAAAGAUUUGGAAUGCUGAAUGUUUAAGUAUUUUUCUAAACAUACAAAUGCGUUGCAGCCUAACAAGUGCAAUAUGGCGUCGUUUCUGGUGAUAAAGCUAUUCUUUGUCAUCGUUUUCUUUAAAAUCCUGUCUAGUUCUGUUUUGGGAUUGGACUCUUGUCGAGACUAUACUUCGAUAAACAACCCCUACCGUAGCGCUAAGUAUAAGUUCGAUUUCAAAAGUGCUGCUCUUUGUGAUGAUAAACUCGUUUCUGGCUGGUAUCGCUUCACAAGUAUUGUAGGGGGCACGAUUCCAACCACAAAACCCGAGCCGAACAUGUGUGGAACCGUGGCGCCCAUUUGGAUGAAGGGGACACUUCCCACGAAGCUGGGGAUCAUAGAAAACACGACGGCUUGUGUCAACUACGAAAACAGAUUGAGCGGCUGCUAUUCAGAGAUCCCUUUAUCUGUGAUAAAGUGUACUGGGGAUUACUACGUCUACUAUCUGAGACCGCCCCGUAGCUGCUCGUUGGCCUAUUGUGCAGGUGAUAAAGAGCCCUGUCCAGAAAAUCCAUCAGCAAUCGUUCCAAACUGUAAAGAGCCAACAACAAUAAUAACGCAACUGCAGAAUGUAACUACAGCAGAAUUGCAGACUACAGCGCCAGUAACAGGGCCGUCAACAGUAACUACAGCAGAGUUAAAUACUACAACGCCCGUUACAGAGCCGACAAUAGGAUCUGAGGAGGAUAAGACCACAACUACAAAAGAGUUGGCGGUAACUACGGAAGCAGCAGGUAAAGAUGGUAAAAGUGAGCCGAGCAAAGACGGGAUAUUCUUAUCUGUUUACGCAUAUGUGGGAAUUUUGGCUGGAUUUGUUGUGAUAAUUGGGCUCAUUGUCUGGUUCUUCUGGCGAAAGCUCCACAAAAAGACUCAAAGAACUAAGAAGGAAGUUGGUGAGAAAGGAUGUGAAAACCCUGUCUUUAAUGAUAACAUCUCUCCGAAACUUGAUAGCGAGCAAGAGCCAGUGUAUGAAAGUCUGGAUCUGCAAAAUGAGUUGAAGGCCAAAGCUCCACAAGAUUAUGAAGACCUUGAUUCAGAAAAUGGCUACCAGCAGCUGGAUAAGUACCAUGAUCUGGGGUAUGUGACUAUGGUUGCUGAUGACCCGGAUAUCAAAGACAAAAAACCAAAGCUUCCUGGCAAAAACACGCUCGACUACGAGAAAUUGGAUAUAAGCCAAGUGCCAACGUACGAGAGAUUGAUUCCUAAAGAAAUUGGUGCUGAAUCUGAGCCAAAAGAUUACUACAACUCUACCGUCAAUCCUGAUAAUAAGAACUCCUUGGAACUUCAAAAGAGGCGAGAGCCAGCCUACGUGGAAAUGGUUCCCGAUGAGGUUGAGAUGAAAGCCACAGAACCCAAAGCUGUGCAUGAGAACGCUCACGUUAAAUUGGGCAACAACCAACGGGAGCAAGCUUAUGAUAAGAUGAUUCCUCCAAAGAUAAACCCCAGAGAGCCAGAGUUAUAUUACAAUCUAUGCGCCAACCCCCAAAACAGCGAUCAUGACCUGGGUGCAACGCAAGAGCCUGCGUAUGAAAAGAUGGCUCCUCCAGAUGUCAACACCAAGACACAUGAGUUCUUUAAGACUAACCACAAUGAUCUGGGUUUGACAGAAGAGGAUGAGCCAGAGUAUCUCGUUCCCAAAGAGAAGUAGGAAAGCUGUAAGGGACAAAGGGACAUAUAGUGAUUAGACGCAAGAGCAAUCAACAAGAAACUUUAAUAAAAGCAGGAAAAUUUAGUGGCGGGGACGCUAGCGCGGCAAAGUUACGGUAAACGAAUGAGAGGACUUAAUGUCCCUUUAGUAUCAUGUACUAUCAAGAGAGCAUAAGAUCUUAUGCUCUCUUGAUACAAAGAUAUCCACGCCGAUCCAGGGACUUCGCAACAAUCGAAGCAAAUUAAUACUGUAGAAGCUCCAUGGUAAUAUUAUACAGGACUGUUUAGGCAAAUGGAUGUAAAAGGGUUAUCCCAAUCGUGAAAUUCCAAAGACACAAGUCCAGUGGAUUCACCAUAAAUUUGACGUCAUCGAUGAGAAAAACAUUUCCUUAUAUAGCCAUUAGCUUUAAGAAAGCAUGCUGUCUUUCUUUUCAGACUAAAAUUGAUUUUUAUAUCCGAGUGAAACUGUAAAUCCCAAAUAGAAUAUGCGACCGGGAUAUUUGAUUAAAAGUUACAGAACUUUGACAUUGCUGUAAUAACAAUCUUUUUCAAUCUGUUUUUGGGGCAGCUCGGUCAUGUUGGGACCUCAAUCACUUUUGCAGGUUGUGAUGUUCUAAAAUGCCUUUUUCAAUAUGGCUGCCUUCAAAAACGAAGUAAACGCGAAAUCCUGCAAACAUGCUCGACGGAAUGAGCUAGAAAAACGACAAAACAAGAUUGAUUGAUAUGCAGAGGAAUAAAGCGAGUCAUGUGUUAAAACGUGUAGAACAACAUGUAAAGUCAAAUUUCCCUUGGCCUUUGAUUGAUAAUAAACAAUAAUCAUUUACUUUUAA